GUUGCAGACGCUCAGUCAUCGCCGAGUUCUUCGACAGUUCACAUCCACCUCGUGCACUAGUUUUUUUUCUUCUUCUUGGAGUGAGACAAAGCAAGCUUGAUGAAAGUGUGGUUUUACGUGCAAAAAAUUAGAGCAUGAUGUUCUUGUAGCCGAGCACGAGAGUGUCUACCAAGAAUAUUGCCGGCAAGUUAAUAGGAAUUGAGAUAUAUUUAUGUAGUUCAUUCAACUAAAGCAGAAGGAUGAGUGACGGUUUAAGUGACGAUGUCAGCGACUGGGGAUCGGAUUUUGAUGACGAUGUGGACGAAGAAACAGUUCGACAUCAACACAGCGAGAUUUAUGAGAUUCCUGACGGAAAGCCUACACGACCAGUGCCCACAGUUGUACCAGAAUGGCUGAACAAAGUUGCAGAUGAAAAUGACAAGCCUUCCGCUGCCGAGUACAUUGAAAAUGUGCUGCUUCCAACACGCGCUACCAAGGACGAAGAGUCUAAAAAUUUCAUUGAGACGCUAAAAAGAAAACUGAGUCAAAAAAACCUAUUGGCCGCUGUAAAAAAUAGUGACAACAAGACAUCAAAUCACAACAACAACGUCACUAAAAAUUCGAUUGUUGCUGGCAAUAACAAUUUCAACAGUAUUUCACCACCUGAAAAUGUCAAGAGAGCUGUUGAGCUUGGUCCUCAGAUUAACCAGAUUAAGGAUGCGUUGCAGAAAUACCCAUGGUUUUACCGUGUAGACCGAAGCCGUGCCGAAUUAAUAUUAGAAAAUUACACGACAGACGGUGCGUUCCUCGUGAGAGAAUGUCAUCAUGGGGGUGGCCCAAUGGUUCCCUUCACACUCACCAUCCGGUUCAAUGGGAGACUUUUUCACAUUCAAAUUCGUCUCAGAAGCGAUUCCAGGUUUGCAUUAGGAACCCUCAAACUUAACGAGAUGCAUUUCGAAAGUGUAGCCGAGAUGAUUGACACCUAUAAAAAGACUCAUUUACAACUUCAUUCCAACGGCAAGUUCUUCGGGGAGACGAAGCUCACUCAACCACCGAUUGUUUACUCUUAUUCAAACAAAUGUUAGAUAUUAUUAUUGUAAAGCCACAUGCCUUGCAAUAUGUGUAAUGUAAUAAUGACCGUAAAAAUUAUUCCCUUCCGGCUGAUUGUAUGCGACAUUUUCAUUUUCAUCUUUAUUAAAAUAAUUAUUAUUCGUAAAGGCUAUAUAAUUGUUAAGGACAAUUUCUUUACAUAACUUAAUUUUUGUUCGUUAAUGAGCAGAACUUCAAGAGUUGACAGGAUGGACGUUUGUUGAAGGACGACAUAUUUAAGGUCAAUGUUUAAUGCCCUUCAUGCAGUAGUAUUAAAUCUUUAAAUGAUUCAAUGGGGUGUUUAAAACUUGAAUAUUUUUUGACUUGGGCUGUGUGUAAUGAUUUUAAGGGGGUUUGUUUGUUUCAUAAAUAGCAUGUGCAAUGUAUGUGUUAAUGCAAAAAUAAAAAAUGCAGUUCUAGAAAAACA